CGUCGUUUAACAAUUUCAGCACCAUGGACAGAUCAACACUGCCACGCACGCAAAGCCUACAAAACAUAAUCAUCAUGGGCAUAACAUAAUUAAUCUAUGAUGUAGCAAAGUAUCAAUAUGUAUCAAUAUAGCCUAUUUAUAAAUACAUUGUUUACAUAGCCUGUAUUUUCUAUUUCUUACAGCAUAGCGGUAAGAGAGAGCACACAAAGCCUAGGGCGCAAUUCUGUUGAGAUAGAUCAAGGAGUGGUGCAUGCGCGUCAGUGCAAGGAUCCCCUAGCGUAUUCUGAUAAGAGAUCAUCCCUCCGUGCUGCGUGGUAGAGUUGAAUAUAGCUGUAGAGGAGAGUGAGGAGUGGAGAAGCGUUCUGUGUAGAGGGGACACCGGGGAAGCGUAAUCAAUGAGGGUGCAAGUAAAAUGUAAAUAGAAGGCCGAUUCCAAACGUUGAAACACCCUCAAAACGGAAGGGCGAUAAAGGGGGGACAAGCGCUCGGUUCCGAGAGAGAACGCUUUCCCUCAUUUGAUUCUACUGAGAAGGAGCGACCGAUUCCCUUGCAAUCAUGGGGAACCGGGGGAUGGAAGACCUUAUUCCUCUUGUGAAUAAAAUGCAAGACGCCUUCUCGGCCAUCGGUCAAAAUUCCCAGUUGGAUCUGCCUCAAAUUGCUGUGGUCGGCGGGCAGAGUGCAGGGAAAAGCUCGGUGUUGGAGAACUUCGUUGGGAAAGAUUUUCUUCCCCGUGGCUCUGGCAUCGUAACCCGCCGUCCCUUGGUCCUCCAGCUGAUCAACUGUCCCACAGAAUAUGCUGAGUUCCUUCACUGUAAGGGAAAGAAGUUCACAGACUUCGAUGAGGUUCGUGGGGAGAUCGAGGCGGAGACGGAUCGCAUCACUGGGCAGAAUAAGGGAAUCUCACCGGUGCCAAUCAACCUCAGGGUCUACUCCCCACAUGUCCUGAACCUGACUCUGGUGGACUUGCCAGGGAUGACCAAGGUCCCAGUAGGGGACCAGCCUGCGGACAUUGAGCAGCAGAUCAGAGACAUGUUGUAUCAGUUUGUGACCAAGGACAACUGUCUGCUUCUGGCUGUCUCCCCAGCCAACUCUGAUCUGGCCAACUCGGAUGCCCUGAAGAUUGCCAAAGAAGUCGACCCACAGGGUCAGCGAACCAUUGGUGUGAUCACCAAGCUGGAUCUGAUGGACGAGGGGACUGAUGCCAGAGAAAUUCUGGAGAAUAAGCUGCUCCCACUGCGAAGAGGUUACAUUGGUGUGGUGAACAGGAGUCAGAAGGACAUUGAUGGGAAGAAGGACAUCACAGCGGCCAUGGCUGCAGAGAGGAAGUUCUUCCUGACCCACCCUGGAUACAGACACCUGGCUGAACGCAUGGGCACUCCCUACCUACAGAAAACACUCAACCAGCAACUGACCAAUCACAUCCGGGACACUCUGCCGGGGCUGCGGGCCAAGCUGCAGAGCCAGCUGCUGUCUAUAGAGAAGGAGGUGGAGGAGUACAAGAACUUCAGACCUGACGACCCCUCCCGCAAGACCAAGGCCCUGCUGCAGAUGGUGCAGCAGUUUUCAGUAGACUUUGAGAAGCGUAUCGAGGGCUCUGGGGACCAGAUCGACACAGCAGAGCUGUCAGGAGGAGCCAAGAUCAACCGCAUCUUCCACGAACGCUUCCCCUUUGAGCUGGUCAAGAUGGAGUUUAACGAAAAGGAGCUUCGCAAGGAGAUCAGCUACGCCAUUAAGAACAUCCACGGCAUCAGGACGGGCCUGUUCACUCCUGACCUGGCCUUUGAAGCCAUAGUGAAAAAGCAGAUCCAAAAGCUGAAGGAACCCUCACUGAAGUGUAUAGAUAUGGUAGUGAGCGAACUCACCUCCACCAUACGAAAGUGUAGUGACAAGCUGGCUCAGUACCCCAUGCUGAGGGAGGAGAUGGAGAAGAUUGUCACCCAGCACAUCCGAGACCGCGAGAGUCGCACCAAGGACCAGGUGAUGCUGCUGAUUGACAUUGAGCUGGCCUACAUGAACACCAACCAUGAGGACUUCAUUGGCUUUGCUAAUGCUCAGCAGAGGAGCAGCCAGGUGGCCCAGAAGAAGCAAACUGGCAAUAAGGAUGAAAUUAUGGUGAUCAGGAAGGGCUGGCUGACCAUCAACAACAUUGGCAUUAUGAAGGGAGGAGCCAAGGAGUACUGGUUUGUCCUGACUGCAGAGUCCCUGUCCUGGUACAAGGAUGAUGAGGAGAAAGAGAAGAAAUAUAUGCUCCAGGUGGACAACCUGAGGCUGAGGGAUGUGGAGAAGAGCUUCAUGUCCAGCAAGCAGAUCUUUGCCCUGUUCAACACUGAGCAAAGGAAUGUGUAUAAGGACUACCGUCAGCUGGAGUUGGCCUGCGAGACUCAGGACGACAUAGAUGGGUGGAAGGCCUCCUUCCUUAGAGCCGGAGUGUAUCCUGAACGUGUUACGGAAAAGGAAGGCAAGCAGAGUGACAGUGGAGACGGAGAGAACGGCUCAGAUAACUUCAUGCACUCCAUGGACCCCCAGCUGGAGAGGCAGGUGGAGACCAUCCGCAACCUGGUGGACUCAUACAUGGCCAUCGUCAACAAGACCGUCAGGGACCUUAUGCCGAAGACCAUCAUGUACCUCAUGAUCAACAACACCAAGGAGUUCAUCAACGCGGAGCUGCUGGCCAACCUGUACCACUCUGGGGACCAGAACAGCCUGAUGGAGGAGUCCCAGGAGCAGGCCCAUCACCGCGACGAGAUGCUCCGCAUGUACCACGCCCUGAGGGAGGCCCUAAACAUCAUCGGAGACAUCAGCACCACCACCGUCACCACCGCCAUGCCACCGCCUGUAGACGACUCCUGGCUGAGGCCGGGGGGAAACAACUCCGGGGGCAGGUCCCCAGCCAGCAGUCCCACUCCGAACAGAAGGGCUCCCCCAGGUCCCCCUGGACGCCCUGUCUCCCGUGGCUCAGCCCCUGGCCUCCCUCCUGGCCCCCCUGUCCCCUCUCGCCCAGGGGCCUCCCCGGAUCCCUUCAGUGGGCCCCCCCCAUCAGUCCCCUCCCGGCCUAACCGCGCACCCCCCGGUGUGCCGAGAAUCACUAUCAGUGACCAAUGAGGACUAACGCUUCUGCCGAAGACCCCCGCCCUCACCAACCCACUAGACUACUGAGCCCCCCUCCCCUCCAACCCACCGCCUACCCCACGGCAGAGAGACCAAGGACUGCAGAGCAACCUUCCUGACCUAGACCUUUCUUCCUUCUCUACUAAAUGACCCAGUCACGUCACACACACACGCACAAACCCACACACAGACAUAUUGUAUACCCACAAUACAGAGACAUGCAUUCAUCCUCCACUGUAUAUUAAGGACCAUUGUAGAUAAGAAUUAGAAAACAUUUACACACACUCAGACACACACAUUUACAUGCGUAAGUGGGUGGAUUCAGCAAAUAUGGAUGAGAGGGUUAAGGAAUGCUAUGCUGAAAUAUUUUUUCUUUCUUCCCCUCCCCUUCAGAUGGGUAUUUCUGAUUGCUGACUUUCUCUCUUUCUCUCAUAUCUGAAUGAUUAUUUUUUCUCUGAUCAUUUUGGAUAUUGAUAAUGAUCUUUUUUUGUGCUGGUUGACACGUUAUUCUGUGUGUUGAAUCUCUCUUGGGAGUAGAUGCAUUAUCCAUCUAUCUAGGAAAGUGGAGUGGAUCAGAAGGGAUAACUGCAUCUGAAAAACAGCUUUCUUUUUGUUGUCUUCUGCUAUGAUCAUCAUGAUCCAUACUGGUCCCUAAAGUCACAGGCUAGGACAAACCUGACAUAGAUGGGCAAGGGCCCUUUUUGUCAGAAAAACACCCAAAGAGAAAAUAUAUACAUAUUAUAACCAUUAAUGGUACAGACUCUCAUGUGUCACAAUGUAAUGUGGCAUCUAUCUCUGUGUUUUCUAUGUAUUAUUUAUGAUACACUGAUUAAUGUGUCCUAUUAUAUCUAAUAUCACAACAGUGUUUCCGAGCCUCUGAGUUUGGGGACAUUUUCUCUCGUUAUGUUUCAUUCACUUGUUCAUCCUUCGCUUAAUCUGGCUUCAUUAUGUCCUCUUUCCUAUCUGUUUCUACUUUUCCCCUCCUCUUUUUAUCGAAUAGCCGGCCAAGCAAGGGUGGGCCCUCUCGCCCCGAGAGCCCCCUGCCUCCUUUUGACUCCUAGAAGCAUCCUUUUAUGUCCCUCGGGACCCCCUGACACCCCCUCUCCUCUAACACUCCCCCCUUUCCACCACUCAGCCCCUACAUGUGAAUCCCCCCUAUAUUUCACACAAACACACACCAAUCAGAGAUCUCAGCAGCUCUUCACAACAGCCUCGCUCAAAGCAAGGGUGGAGAGGGGGAGCGAAAGAAAGAGAGAGGACAUGAAAAAAAGAAUCACCAACCCCGCUCUCUCUGAAUGGCCAUAACAUUCCUGUUCAUGGAUAGAAAAAGAAAAUAUAUCUUCCUCCCUCUUCCUGCCCCUCAGUAGGAGUGAGGGAGAAGAUAAUGUGCGGACCAUCUUGCAUCUGUGUCCAUGUCCUACAACCUCCUCUAGCCACCAGGCCUUGCGUCACUGUGAAGGCCCAUUCUUAUGUGAUGUGAUAACCAUCAUGAUAAUGUAUUGUUAUAUCUGCAAUGACACAAGUUCAGAUGUUCAGACUAACUGUGAUCUGGUCACAGGAGGUUGGUGGCAAUUUAAUUGGGGAGGACGGGCAAGGACAUGGUUUCCAUAUGUUUGAUGCCAUUCCAUUCGCUCCGUUCGGUUCCAUCCUUUAUUAUGAGCCGUCCUCCCCUCAGCAGCCUCCUGUGGAUCUGGUGUAUAUCGGUGUAAACUCCUCCUCAACCAGCUCCCUAAGGCACAUUUGAAGACAUGCUUCUCUCUGUGCUUCAAUCUCUGUACCCAUGCCACGAGUGCUAGGGGGUUGUGAACUAGAGGGUCUCCCGCUAAAACCUGUGGGCCAACAUUGAGCCAGAGUCGUCCGUCUGUCUCUUCUCCUCCUCUCCCACUUGUCAAUGAAACACUUCCCUACUAGUGAAACUCAGUACCUUUGCGAGGCGGGAUCUAAAUAGAAAGUGCAAUAUGUUCUUAUUGGACGGCUUAAUGAGAGCUAUCCACCAAUCACACCAGACUCAAAGUAGAUGAUCAGCCUGAGAGGAGGCAUGGAGACAGACAAGGCCCUAAUGGUGCGUCGCAAUACUGUUAAAUGGCAUCCUUUCUCCUUUCCUUACAAGGAAAGCUCAAACAUUGAAGUUCUUUUCAGGAAGACCAUUUAUAAGUGUUGCCAGUCCAGGAUUUGUUUUUUGACUCUCAAAGUGUUUCCAAGACCAGUGACCCUAACAGGAGAACAUGUGUUGAAUAUCAUUGGAACUGUGUAAUGAGUGUUGGGGUGGCUUAUCAACUUUUUUCUUUUCUUUCCUUUUUCCUUUCUUCCCUCUCUCAGUGGUCAAGGGGGUGAGUGAGGACAUCAGGUUUAAACCACCAACAACCCAAUCAGUGAUGGUCUAUACCUAUAUACACACACCUAUACAGUGCACCUCUCCCCUCCCAUGUCACUCUUGCGUUCCAUUGCUGUUUGAGAGAUGUGAGUUUACCCCCCUUUCUACCAGUGGACUCUGUUGUCUGUGGUUUGUUGUAUUAUGACCCUGUUGGUAAUAAUAGUACAUGGGCUCAUUUGCCUACCCACAAACCCCUGUUUCAGUAUCCAUAUCGUACUCACCUCAUACAAACCCACCCCUCCCCUUUACAACACCCUUGAGUCUUAGCAACAGCCAAUACAUAAAACUAUUAACUAUUAUGAAAUACUUAUAAAUUCAGAGUAACAUUUAUUAUGGACAUAUCUUACGUGUGUUAUGUAUCCUGUGUGGUGCAUCUUAUGGAAAUUGUGUUCCACUUGUCUAGAGGUUAGUUGACAAUGUAUGAAUACUGAAUAUUAAAUUAUUAUGAAUAAGUGACUGAGUAUGUGUACAAUGAAACAUGAUAAAAACAAAAAUGAACAAAUGAAUAAAUAAGUGAAUAAUGUUAUAUGAAAUCCCGUCAAUUGAUGUGUUGAGUAUUGGCAGGUUGUUUGAUUAGUAGCAUGUAGAAUAAUUUGUCGCUUCUUUCUCGGUCUCUGUCCGGAGAGGAAAUGAGGAGAGGGGGCAGAGUAAAUGUUUGUAUUCUAUCCUGCUGUGACAACUUCGUCCUGUAUCUUAUCUUACUGCUGUGGGUGGAAUGUGUCUGUCCAACAGGACUGUGCUUUGUCAAGACAUUAAAAGUCAGUGUACUGUACCAAAA